GACGCGCAACAAAAAUAAAAGAGGGGAAGCAGAGGGGCUGAGCGCCGCCGGCCACAUCAACAUUUCGGCGGCCACACCAAGAUUUCGGCGACCACGGGAGGGGCGGCGCGUCUCAACUGCCUUCUUUCUAGCCAUACGGGCGGCCCGGCAACUCAAGCAGUCCACGGGCGCGUGGAGCACGAGAGCGGCGGCGACGACUCCGGCGACCACGGCGCGGCAACUCCGUGCGCUCGUCAUGGUGGUUCUGCUCCGACUCGGGCUCUAGGUACUCUGCCAUUGCCUAUCUGCAAUCCGAGCCCGGCCGGGAGUCAGCCCACUUCUUCUUCAUAAAUAAGAGGAGGGAGGGAUUCGAAGCCCUCUCACAUCCUAGAUCUGGAUUCCAGUCACAUUGUCGUGUCCUUGCCCUUCCGUUGGCAACCUCGUAACUAUCAGAAUCAAAAAAUCAAUCUUUAGAUCCAGUUAGAAGAACAUGUCCAAGCGUCAGCACUCGCACCUCGACGGCGACCGCACCGGAAAAAGGCCGCGGCGUGCGCCCAAGAAGCACCUCUACCUGGUGCUGGAUGAUUGGGACACGGGCUUCAGCAUCUACAAGGUUGAUGCCGACACUUUGCAAGAUACCCGCACCAGCGACGUGCAGUUUGGGUUCCCUGACCCUCCCGUCCUCCGGUUUCCCGUGCCAGUACGCCAUCUUGGCAUGAGCUUCACGGCCUUUGGUAACAGCAUCUUCAUCGCCACCAACCCACACUGUCCACAGACUCCCAUCCUCCUAUAUGAUACCGAGAUAGCGGGAAUCACAAUCGGGCCAAGCCUACCACGUUCACUGCUUGGUGGCAUUGACAUCUCUGUGGCCGCCGGUGAUGCGUUGUAUGCAUUGACAUCUCGCCAUGCCGGCGAGCAGCACUCUUUUGAGGCCAUGUCAUGGGCAGCCACGGGAAGCGAUGAGAUGUGGGAUCCACGGCCAGCCAUGGACUGGUCCUGGAAAAGUGUGCCGUCGCCACCGCCAUUUGCCAGGGAUGAUAUAAUUUCCUCUUACGCGCUGCACCCGGACGGGCACACCAUAUUCAUGUCUGCACACGACAGUCUUUAUCAACAUGUUCCAAAGGGUACCUUCUCAUUCGACACCAAGCGCUCUGAGUGGAGGUGGCAUGGGGAAUGGGCUCUGCCUUUCCAAGGGCAAGGCUACUACGACAGCGAGCUAGGCGCAUGGAUUGGGCUCCGUAAAGACGGGUACAUUUGUGCCUGUGAAGUUGCCUCCCGCAGCCGCGAAAGUGCUGUGCAGCCAUAUUGUAAGAUUGCGAAGGAGAAGUUGUUCCUCAAAGUCCCGGAGCGGCGACUGGCAGCAACAAGGGCCACCCUCGCGUACAUGGGCAACAGCAACUUUUGCCUUGUCGAUUGUGUGCAGCGCGAGGGAGUGGAGCCUACAUGCGUCUUCGAUUGUUGCGUGCUCCAUAUGAGCACGUUUGGGCUUAAGUAUGAUCACAGAGGAGAGCUGCAAACCACGCGCCACUGCUCUAACUCUUGUGUAGUGUCUAAGCAUAUCCUGUCCUUUUCUCCUGCAGUGUUCUGGAUGUAAGAGGUGUUUUGCUUGUUUUAUGCAAGACCUGCUGUGUAAUCGUGAUGUAAGCUGCUGUGAUAUGUGGCACUACUACGAAGAGAAAUAAAAAGAAGUUGGUUCCCUUUUGCAAUUUUCUUGAACCUGAGCCUGGACAUGGUCACAUGUUUCAAGAACUAGAAGCGCUGUACUUUUGCUGCUUGCGAGACAGGGAUUAGAAAAUGUGGUGCAACUAAAGAAGUGUUUAUUCAAUUUUUUCCUCCAAAGAUUAGAUAAUCCUGUAUCUAACUGCCAUGAUCACUCUUUCACAACUAAGAGUCUAAGAUCCCCAUGUCUAGAAAGACAAAUAUUUAGGAACGGAGGGAGUAUAUCUUAUUUCAGGAUUAGUGGCAGGGAAGUGUCUAGUCAUCUCUCUUCAGGUAGUCAUCAGAAAAACAAUGGCAGGGAAGCGGGAUUAAUGGCAUGGAUAGAUAGGUAGAAUAAAACCUUGAACGCAGUACCUGUGUUAUACGUUAACAUGUUUUCUCAAGAUCCUCAUGUACUACCUUAUAUUUUCAUGCAUAAGGAGUUAGGUUUGGAUGGAACCCAAGCUUUCCAAUGUUGUUGCAGAUCUCUUUUCGGUAUAAAGCCCGAAAUUGCCAGCGGAUGGCCAGUGAGCUAAAAAAAACCGAAAGAAUGGUCAUACACACUCCUCUUAUAGAUAGGAUGAACAAAGAACAAAAGGCAGUUUGAAACAGCAUAGUGUCGGCUGUCAAAAGUUGUUUGCAUGACAUAGCAGUAACAGCUUAACAAUGGCUUCGGACAUGAGUUAUUUCCAAGGAACAAUAGACCAGGAAGCUCUUGCAAGUUGCAACCCCUUUUAGUGUUUGUUGUUCACCCUCUGGAACAAUUCAUGCCCCAACUAGAAGACGAUGGUUAUAGUUUCACCUGAAACUGUUUGAGCUGUACAAUGUCCAAAAAAUGGUGGAGUCAUAUAUUAAAAAUAGUAAGUAUAUUUUUGUAUUUUUGCUAUGAGGAAAUCCUUCCUCUUUCUUCCAACCAAUAUGAUGGAAAAUUCUGCAGACUGUUCACCUUUGGAAUGUCUGCAGAACAUGAUUACUUCAUUAGCAAAUUGUAGCUUCUACCUCCAACCAUCAUAUUCAACUGUUUAUACCUAUGACUGUUACACUGACAAGCUCGAUCAGCAUUGUAGUUGAAAA